GCGAUCAUAUCAUCAUGCUCAAUCGCUGCGUUGGCACACCCGCUGCCUCCGCUGCCUCAGCUUGCGCCAUGUCACCGCCCGGCAACACGCUCUACUUGACGCAGCAAGAGUUUACUAACUUUCGAUAUGACUUCGAAAUGAUACGAACGGGCAUAGAUAAACGCCUGGAUAUCGUUGAAGCCAUUCUGAAACAGCUCCAGGUCCAAGGCCAACAGCUCCAGGUGCAGACCCGACAGACACGCGCGUAUAUGCGGAAUCGAGCAAUCAAGAACCCGACCACCCGCAUCGACACCCUCUCCAUUCUCGCGCCAUCUGGCAUGAUCCUGGAGCCUGAUUUCUUUCCUCGCGACGUCAAGGAGCUCUAUUCGCUCAGAACCCCGACAAUGCCAUCCCAGAAGCGCCUACUCAAUUACCUCGCUCGCUUCUACGACAUAUUGCCAGCACUUCCUGCCUCGACUUCUGAAGACGAGAGCUCCGAAAGCGACACGGAACUCGGGGGCAUGGAACCGGAGUCGAUCGUAGAGAGACUUGAAAACCUUUUUGGGCUGGACUCGGACAAGAUUACAAAAUUCACCGAGCGGGCAGCGAACCACCCACCAAGAGAGUCCAUGCCUUUGGCGUCAGAGAAGCGGUGCCAGCCCAGCGCCCCAAACUCGAACCCGCCUACACAGUCGAUUUUCGACCAAAUCACAACCCUCUAGGACCAGAACCUUCCUCAGACGGUGGUAGGACGCGUCUCGGGUGGG